CCUCCUCCCUCCUCUUCCUCCUCCUCUCCAGGGCGGAGGUCUGACUGCAGCUCGGUACUUCGACACAAAACUUUUCCCAAACUUCAGACUUUCUCUCCGAUCGGAACCUCUGCGAGAUCAUGUCCGGCGUGGCGUCAACUCUGGCCAAGAAGCGGGCCAUGGCUGCCGGGUUCGGUACCAACGCCAACGCGGUUCGGUACCUGAACCAGAACUUCGAGGCCCUGCGAGCCCAGUGCCUGGACAACGGGCAGCUCUUCUCCGACCCGAUGUUCCCCGCCGCGCCCGAAUCUCUGGGCUUCAAAGAACUGGGCAGCAGCUCCUACAAGACCCGCGGAGUGACCUGGAAGAGACCCACGGAAUUGGUCUCCAAACCGGAGUUUAUUGUGGGUGGAGCCACACGGACAGACAUCUGUCAGGGGGCUCUGGGUGACUGCUGGCUGCUGGCUGCCAUCGCUUCUCUGACCUUGAACGAGUUUGUGAUGGCCCGAGUCGUUCCCCAGGACCAGAGCUUUGGUCAGAACUACGCAGGAAUCUUUCACUUCCAGUUCUGGCAGUUUGGGGAGUGGGUGGACGUGGUAAUCGAUGACCGUCUGCCGGUCAAAGACGGAGAGUUGUUGUUCGUCCACUCAGCAGAGGGGAGGGAGUUCUGGAGCGCCCUGCUGGAGAAAGCCUACGCUAAAGUUAAUGGCUGCUAUGAGGCGCUGUCCGGCGGUUCCACCACUGAGGGAUUUGAGGAUUUCACUGGAGGCAUUGCUGAGAACUUUGAUCUGAAACAACCACCAUCAAACUUGUUUCAGGUCAUCAAGAAAGCACUGGAGGCUGGAGCACUGCUGGGCUGCUCCAUCGAUAUCACGAGUGCUGCAGACUCGGAGGCUGUGACUCGCCAGAAGCUGGUGAAAGGCCAUGCCUACUCACUGACUGGUGCAGUGGAGGUGAAUUACCGCGGCCGUCAGGAGAAGCUGGUGAGGAUGAGGAACCCCUGGGGUCAGGUGGAGUGGACUGGAGCCUGGAGCGAUGGGUCAUCUGAGUGGAGCUACGUUACAGGUGACUGUCCACAUGCCAACGCAGAGGACGGAGAGUUCUGGAUGUCCUUCAAUGAGUUUCUGCGCAACUACUCUCGUGUUGAAGUGUGCACUCUGACCCCCGACACUAUUGAAGAUGACUCCGUCAAGCACUGGAGUAUCAGCAAGUUUGAUGGCACCUGGAGGAGAGGCUCCACCGCUGGAGGCUGCAGGAACAACCCAUACACCUUCUGGAUGAACCCGCAGUUUGUGAUCAAGCUGGAUGAGGAAGAUGAUGACCCUGAUGAUGGAGAGGUGGGCUGCAGCUUUGUGGUUGGUCUGAUCCAGAAGAACCGCAGGCGUCUGCGCAAACAGGGCGAGGACAUGCACACCAUCGGCUUUGCCAUCUACGAGGUUCCACAGCAGUUUCACGGACAGAGAGACGUCCACCUGGAUAAGAACUUCUUCCUGUCCCAUGCUCAAAAGGCCAGAUCAGAAACCUUCAUCAACCUGCGAGAGGUCAGCAAUCGCUUCAAGCUGCCACCUGGCGAGUACCUGAUUGUUCCAUCAACCUUCGACCCACACCUAAAUGGAGAUUUCUGCAUCAGAGUGUUCUCUGAGAAGCAGGCUGAGACUGUGCCCUGUGAUGACCCGGUCAGCGCCACCCUUACUGAGGACUUGGUUUCAGACCAGGAUGUGGAUUCAGGAUUCAAAAAUCUGUUUACUAAACUUGCCGGACCUGACAUGGAGAUCUCUGCAAGUGAGCUGCAGACCAUCAUGAACAAGAUUGUUUCCAAACGAACUGACAUCAAAACGGACGGAUUCAGCCUGGACACCUGCAGGGUCAUGGUGAACCUGAUGGACGACAGCGGUAAUGGAAAACUUGGCCUUGGAGAGUUCGCCACACUCUGGAAGAAGGUGCAGAAUUACCUGUCGAUUUAUAAGAAGAACGACUCGGACAACUCGGGGACGAUGAGCACUCCGGAGAUGAGAGUGGCUUUAAAAGAUGCAGGUUUCAGCCUCAACAACACCAUCUACCAGCAGCUGGUGGCCCGCUACUCCGACCCCGACAUGACCAUCGACUUUGACAACUUCGUCAGCUGUCUGAUGAGGAUGGAGCUGAUGUUCAGGAUCUUUUACAAACUCGACACAAACAGCAGCGGCAGCAUUGAGCUGGACUUCCAGCAGUGGUUGACCUUUGCCAUGAUCUGAAGUGGACCUCCUCUGUGCUGCAGGGCAUUCUCCAGCUGUUUGCAGCGACCGCUCAUAUUCAUCACAGCUUUACUUUUCUAUGUUUGUUCUCAGAACCACGAAGGACUAUUCCCUAAACUCAAUAAACCUGUCUUAAAAUGUC